AGGAGAGACAAUAUCACUGAGCAGACUCUGACGUUCACCUCACACAGUCAUGGACCGUCCUAGAAUUCAGACGUGGACUCUGUUUGUCUGCUUGGGCUGGAUGUUUGUGGGUCAGGCAGCUGCAGAACCGCAGUACCUGGUAGCUGUUCCUGGAGUGUUAGAAGCUGGGACUGAGGCCAAAUACUGCCUGAGUCUUCUUCAGCCAGAUGAGCCUCUGGUCAUCACCAUCACUCUGGUCUCAACAGGAGUGGAAACGAUACUCCUCAACACAUCAUCCCCAGUGGAAUUUCAUCAAUGCUAUGUGUUUCAGGUUCCUAUGGUGAAGAACUUUGAGGAGAUGGAUUUUAAGGUGAAGGUUGAAGGAUCUAAAUUCUUCACAGAAGAAGUCGGGAGAGUCAUGAUCAGAGACUUUGGGCAGAUGACGUUCAUCCAAACAGACAAACCCAUCUACCUGCCAGGACAAACAGUGCAUUUUAGAGUCUUCACCCUGGACAGCAUGUUCAGACCUGCUAACGGGCUGUACAACACCAUUGAAAUUAUGGAUUUAGACCAGAACCGGGUUGGGCAGUGGCUGAACGCCACAUCUGAUGGAAAAAUCCUUCAGCUGUCUUACUCUUUGAACUCGGAGGCUCGGGAAGGAGAUUGGCGGGUUUAUGUUAACACUGGAAAACACAGAACAGAUCAAUACUUCAAGGUGAAGAAAUAUGUUUUACCAAAAUUUGAUGUAGAAAUCAACACCUUGGGUAAGCAUUUGAUAAGCAUCGGACAGGAAGAAAUCAAAGUGGAAGUCUGUGCAAAAUACACAUAUGGACAAUCAGUGCCAGGCAGUGUUAAGUUUCAGGCAUGCAGACAUCCUAUUCCACACAACCGACUAAAUGCCACAACCGACCCGUGCUACAAGGAGACCAAGAAGACAGAAAAGAGUGGCUGUACCAUGUUCAAUUUUAAGAUGUCAACCUUCAGAGAACUUCUACCAGAGGCAUUGCCUGAUAGUCUGGAUAUCCAUGCUGAAGUGGAAGAGGAGGGAACAAGUAUUAUACGCCAGCAAUGGAAAAAAAUGUGGAUUUCUGAUGUUAUCGGAAAGCUGUUCUUUAUUGACACACCCAGGUUUUAUGACAGGGGAUCAAUUGUGGAAGGAAAAGUUAAAGUCGUUAACUUCAACAAUGAACCUAUCCCUCACAUGCUGGUCUAUUUCUUUCCUGGUGGCCGGGCUAUACCUCCACAAAACCUCACAACUGACAGCCAUGGUAUCGCCAGUUUCACAUUAAAUACGAGCAACUUUCAAAGCGAUAUCCAUCUGAGAGCUAGUCCCGAUGGAUUCCCAGAGCCACGCCAAAACCAGAAAGGUCCCCGCUAUGAGCGUACAGGUCACGUGAUAAAGUCUAGUCAGACGCCAUCUCCUGAUAUUAGAUCAUCCAGCUCUUUGGAGGUGAAGACUAAGGAGAAGCAACUUUCCUGUGACACAGAGGUCAACUUUCCCAUCUCCUACAAUUUUGUAGGGGAUACCCAAGGUGCAGUGGAUGUGAUGUAUCUGGUCUUAUCCAGAGGAAACAUUGUCAUGCAAGGACAUCAAAAGGUGAAAGUGCAUAAUGAAUCUGUGACUAAUGGACAAAUCUCCUUCACGUUGAAAGUGACUCCAGAUUUAACACCACAGAUUCAAGUUGUGGCGUACGCCAGCCUUCCAAAUAAGAUCUUGAUUGCUCACAGUGCAGAAUUUGCCACGGAGAAAUGCUUCAAUAGCAAGGUUUCGUUGGCGUUUUCUUCACUCUCAUCAGUUCCAGGAGAGGCAACCACACUGCAGGUGUCAGCCAAUCCUGGCUCUCUGUGUGGUGUGAGCGCAGUCGAUCAGAGCGUCUUCAUUGAGGAGCCAGAAAAAACUCUGGAUGCAGAAAAGAUGUUCAGAUACUUGCCUAACAAAAAACGUUUCUUUCGUCAUAUACAUGACACUGGGUCAUGUUUGGAGCUAAGAUAUAGACGAUCUGCAUACAGACAACGUGGAGGAAGCAGCAAAGGUUUUGGUGGGGAAGUUUUCCAGAGACUGGGCCUGAAGAUUGUCACAAAUAUGUUCACCAGGAUGCCUUCAUGUGUGAAAUUCAUGGGGAGAACCUUCUACGAACGCUUAAGAUGCUACGGAAUAGCUGAAGGAAGUUAUCCCGAGCCCUAUAUAACAUCGGAACCGUUGCCUAUAAUGACAAGUCGCGCUUUCUUUCCUGAGACUUGGAUAUGGAGGCUGGUGGAAGUGGGAGAGUCAGGAUCCACAAAUUUGUCCUUCACUGUCCCUGACACCAUCACCACCUGGGAGACGAAGGCUUUCUGUUUGAGCCCUCAGGGUUUCGGCUUGGCUUCUCAGGAGACACACACAGUCUUUCAGCCCUUCUUCCUUGAGCUCAGCCUGCCUUACUCCAUCAUCCGAGGGGAGCAGUUUGAUCUGAAGGCUACGGUCUUUAACUACCUGACCCGCUGCAUCAUGGUCACUGUCACUCCAGCAGCCCCUUCAGAUUACACCCUGACCCCGCUUCUUGGUGAAGAGCACACUACUUGUCUGUGUGCCAAUGAACGAAAAACUUUCAGAUGGACCAUGAACCCCUCAGUCUUGGGGGUUGUAAAUGUGACGGUGUCUGCUGAGGCAGUGGCAUCCCACUUGUCAUGUGACAAUGAGAUUGUGAGCGUGCCAGAAAGAGGUCGCAUUGAUGUGGUGACACGAACACUCAUAGUGAAGGCUGAAGGAAAAGAGAUGACAAAAACCUACAACUGGCUGCUCUGUCCAAAAGGGGAGACUCUGACUGAAGAAGUAGAGCUACAGCUACCUGACAACGUGAUUGAUGGAUCUGCUCGAGCCUCACUCUCUGUGUUGGGUGACAUGCUGGGUCGGGCCCUGAAUAACCUGGAUGGCCUGCUGAAGAUGCCAUAUGGAUGCGGGGAGCAGAACAUGGUUCUACUGGCCCCUAACAUCUACAUCCUUGAGUACCUGAAAAACACUCAGCAGCUUACUUCAACCAUCAAGGAAAAGGGAGCAAAUUUUCUGACCAGUGGCUACCAAAGGCAGCUGAACUACAAGCACUAUAAUGGUGCUUACAGUGCAUUUGGAACAGGAGACGGGAACACCUGGCUGACUGCAUUUGUGCUGAGAUCCUUUGUUAAAGCAAGAACAUUUGUCUUCAUUGACCCUUACAACACUGCAGAGUCGAGGGUUUGGUUGGAGAGUAAACAACAAGAAAAUGGCUGUUUUCAACAGCUGGGAAAACUCUUUAACAACAGAAUGAAGGGUGGUGUCUCUGAUGAGGUGACUCUCAGUGCUUAUGUCACUGCAGCCUUUCUAGAGAUGAACACGUCAGAAAUUCAGCCUGCAGUACAAAGAAGCUUGUCCUGCCUAAAGGAGUCCCUCGAUAACCUGGGUAACACGUACACCACAGCUCUGCUGGCAUACGUCUUCACUCUGGCUGGAGAUAUGGAGACCCGCGCUCUCCUCCUUAGGCACCUGGACACAGUUGCAAUACAGGAAGGGAAUUUACUUCACUGGUCUCAGAAUGAAACAGAAACAUCAGCCCCUCUCUCUGUGGAGAUCAGCUCUUACGUGCUUCUGGCCAAACUCAGUGCUUCUCCUACUGCUGAAGACCUGGCAUACUCCACCCGCAUCGCCAGAUGGCUGACAGGACAGCAGAAUAAGUAUGGAGGCUUCUCCUCUACACAGGACACUGUGGUGGCUCUGCAGGCUCUGUCUCUGUACUCCACCAGAGUGUUCAGUCCAGAAGGUUCCAGCACAGUGACGGCCCAGUCUACCAGCGGCAAGCUGAAAUUUAAUGUGAAUCCAAACAACAGACUGCUCUACCAGGAGGAGGCACUGAAGGAUAUGACAGGAAAGUACAGGCUGGAGGUGAAGGGAACUGCGUGUGUUUCAAUGCAAAUUUCUCUUCAUUACAAUAUCCCGAUUUCCCCACCACCGUCCACUCUCCGUGUGGAGGCUGAACUGAAUGCUAACUGCACCAGUAAAUCUCGAAGCAUCAUGCUGAGGCUGAAGUCCCUACAUUAUGGAAAUGAGAAUACAACCAACAUGGUGAUGCUGGAAAUCAGACUCCUCUCUGGAUAUGUCCCAGACCCAGAAUCUUUAAGGAUGAUCAAACUAUCUGAGCAGGUGGACCGUGUUGAAAAUUCUGGAGACCAUGUUCAGGUGUAUUUAAGAGAGCUAAUAAAGGACACGGUCGUCUCCCAUGUGCUAAGGCUCACACAAGCACUGCCAGUGCAGAACCUGAAGCCAGCUGUGGUGAAGAUCUAUGACUACUACCAGCCAAGUUAUGGUGCUGAGAUAGAGUACACUGACCCCUGUGCAGCAGCCUGAAGAGUGCAAAGUAACUGGAAAAACCUUAAUGGAUCCUUUUUGAUCAGUGGAAUGGAAUUAAAAAUAAAAUAAUUUUUGUGUCUG